AUGAAACCUUUCAGAGGCACUCCGCGAGAUCUGGAGGCUUGGUUAAUCAAGUGGGAAGAAAUCAUGCUUCAAGGAAAGAAGAAAUCCAUGUCCUUUGCCCAAGAUACGGAGGACUGGGCAUCUAGGUUUCUCGAAGCUAUUCGACCACUAGAUGAGGCGUGGGUAACGUCUUUUGAGCACUCAAUCGAUCCAAAGAUUGAUGACAAAUCUCUUACCUAUAAGGAUCUGUCAAAUGGCUUCCGGAGACUCAUCCCACGACUCCGUACAAAACGACAAUCCUAUAUAAUAAAAGGCUCUUUCGCCACUCAUCUGGGUAAGAGCGACGACAGCGAAGAAGAAAAUGAAGAAAGCUUGCAGCGAGGGAGAGCUGUGGAGCGUGGUCGACGACGUUCGCGAUCACAAUCAUUUGAAGGAGGACAGCGCAGCGGAUUUGCUCCAGAUAAAAGAGGUGGACCUGAACCGACCUGCCCUGCAUGCGGAGGCAUGCACUUUAUUGACUUCUGCUUCUAUAUUUUUGGUUAUAAGGCUCCUCAAGAGUUUGAGCCAAGACUUUGGCUUCAACAAAGAGCCGAUAGAUGGCUUAACAGCAAUGCACCAUUAGCAAAAGAGGGACAAGCUCCUUCUCAAAGGAAAGAACGAUCUCACUCUAGAAGUCAAUCCCAAGAGCGACGAGAACCUAUAACUCAAAAUACUCAGAAUGAGGUGACUUUCCAAGGAGAAACAGCAAGCAGCUGCAAAUCGACCUGCUACAUUCGCAUGGAAAAGGAUUUGGCUGCACUGUCAAUUAACGAAUAUCCUUUAAAACAUUCAGCUUUAUUGGAUUCAGGGUCAUCAAUUCACGUUUUUAAUGAGAUAGAAAGGUUUGUGAACUUCCGGAAAGCGACAGCAGGAGACUUCCUAUGGGCAGGCACCCACCAAGUACCUGUCUUAGGAUAUGGAGAAGUGGAUAUCGAAAUCCACGGCCUUGGUGGAAGACUUCAAAUUCUGCGCCUUUAUAACGUGGCAUACUGCAAGGACUUUGUGGCAAACCUGGUGUCUUUCCAACAACUAAGAAAGCAUGGAAUCUGGUGGGACACCAGAAGAGGCUUCGACUGCCUUCGGAACGAGAAAAAUCAAGUCCUUGCAUAUGUAAAAGAGAGGGAAGGUCAAUUUGUACUCGAACAUAUCGCCAACGACCAUCCUCUCGUAAAAAUGGCCUUCAUGAUACGACGGCACCGCUUCAAUUCGUGGACAGUCAGAAAAGAACGAAAAGCUGACGCUAAGAGAUGGCAUGCUCGCCUUGGCCAUCCUGGACCCCAAGCUAUCGAACACCUUGCCACAACGACAAAAGGUGUCCUACCACUGUACAGUGUGAAGCCUGUGGAAGGGCAAAAGCCAGACGAAUCAUACGAUGAGAAGAAAGAAAUAUUGUGGAACGACCUGGCCGGUUUUAUCUGGGACUUUUAUAUGACGUCGCACAAAAGCGUGGAGAUCUUAGAAACUCUGAAAUGGUUCUUUGAAUAUCUGAAAAAGCACCAUGAUGUUAGUCCGAUCAAGAUUGAGAUAGAUAAUGAGAUAUUCUUACACCGACCUGAGAUAAAGGAGUGGCUGAUUACCAAACAUGUUACUAUCGAGCCCUCAACGGCAAAUAAUCAAGGACAAAACGGUGCCACUGAGCGCUCAGGGGGUGUCAUCAAGGAUAAGGCUAGGGCCAUGAGAAAUGGUGCAAAGUUACCUACGGAUUUAUGGUCAGAAAUAUACCGAGCCUCAAUCUAUCUUUACAACUGUACCCCGAAGUUCAUGUACAACUGGAAAACGCCAUACAAUAGGUUCCAUACUUACGUUGCUUUGCAAAAUGGAAUUUGCAUACAAGAUCAGAAACCUCAGCUUGCUCACCUGAAGGUAUAUGGCUGUAAAGCAUAUGCCCUCACAUCGGAGUAUCAACUCAAGAAAAAUCGACUUCAACGCUUCAAUCCGCGAGCAUGGGUAGGCUAUCUCGUUGGAUAUGACUCAACAAAUGUUUAUAGGAUUUGGAAUCCUUCGACAGGGAGGAUCGUGCGAGCAAGGGACGUUAUUUUUAACGAGGAUGAAGUCUUCAGUGGAGAUAUCCAAGAUAUCAAGGAUGAUCUCCUUCAUGUGUCUGUUGAAGAACUGACAAUCUUGCUGAACAAGAUAGAUAUCCGAGUACAGUCAGGUGAAGUCGAAGAUAAUGCUAACUUUGGAGAUGAGAUGGAGGAUUUGGUGUUUGACGGAAAUAGGCACAACGAUGAGCGUAUGACAACAACAGGCUCGGUGACUGGUUCUGGAUUUGAAGAUUCAAGUCAGCUUGAUUCGGACUAUCCAAGCGGCCCAUCUCUGAUGCCAGGAGAAGGAUUAUUAGAGGGGAUUGAUAAAUAUGCUUAUCCUACACCUCCAGAUACGCCUCCGAGCGCACUGUUGGCGGCUAGCAUAACUAUCGUCCAUGAAAAUGACCUCAACCUCCGUCAGAGCUCUGAGCACGCAGCUGGAACGUCAACUGGCGGGGUCAGGCCCAGAGGGUCGCUUGUUCAGGAAGCAACCACCAAGGAAGGUCCCAGAGGGGCUCUUGAUGGUGUAGGCACGGUCAGGUCCAGAGGAUCGCGUGCUGAGUUUGGGGACAGGCCCAGAGGGUCGCCCAAUCUGCGUGACUCCAUGGUAGGUCUCAGAGAGGCUCAUGGCAGGCAUAUCCUUGAGGACGGACCCAGAGGGUCGCUUGAGAAGAACGGGGUAGGCUUCAGAGAGGCUCCUGUUAAAACCGUCGCCGCUGCUUUGACUACGCAACGAGGAGAGCUCAAUCCUUGGAGGUUUGCUUUUCUAGCAGGCACACGACAUCGUCAGUAUGAGGUGAACACAGUCAAAUUUGAUCACUCAGUUCUAGUCCGCGACCUACCGCCUGCUCCCAAGAGUCACCGUGAAGUGGAAAAACAUCCUUUAGGUUGGUUAUUUGAGGAGGCUGAGAGAGAUCAUCUUAAAAGUCACGAUCCAUCUGGCUCUUGGACAACGGUGCCUAUCGGUAAGGCAAAAGGAAAGCAGAUUCUCGAUUGUAUGUGGGUAUAUGUCUAUAAGCAGGACAAGAAAGGUCGUCUAGUCAAGUGCAAGGCACGACUCGUGGUAAGAGGUGAUCAAGAGAAAAGAGAUGAUACAAGGGACACGUAUGCUGCUACUCUUGCUGCGAGAUCUUUUAGGACAUUUAUGGCUAUUGCUGCGCGCUUCAAUCUGGAACUCAAGCAAUAUGACACUGUCAAUGCCUUCGUUAAUGCCAUACUGGACGAAGAGAUCUUUAUGAGAAUGGCUCCUGGAUAUCGUGAGUCUGGAAAAAUAUAUCGACUGAACAAGGCUCUUUACGGAUUGCGUAGAUCACCACUCCUAUGGCAAAAGGAACUUACCAGCACCCUCGUAGAGUUGGGUUUCAAAACAGUGCCUCACGAACCGUGUUGCAUGUUGAAAUCUGGGAUCAUACUGUUCUUUUAUGUAGACGAUAUCGUUGUCGCAUAUAAGAAGAGCCACCAACCAGAAGCUGACUCAGUCAUGAACCAACUUCGUGCCAAAUACAAAAUAUCCGGAGGAGGAGACCUGGAGUGGUUCCUAGCCACCUAUAUCGAUAAAAUUGCGAAGUUAGCCGACACUCGACAAACUGACGACACACCAAUGGCUCGAGAAGAAUUACUCCCAUACGAAGGAAUGGCCACCUACAAAAGUAACCAUCAAUAUCAACGAAAAGUUGGCUCAAUCAUGUACGUGGCAGUAAGCACUCGACCUGACGUGGCUUUUGCCGUCUCACGGCUUUCACGGUUCUUGUCAAAUCCCGGACCAAAGCACCAUCAAGCUGCUAACAAGGUUUUAUGCUACCUCGAACGUCAUCGUGCGUACGCCUUGAGGCUUGGAGGAGGUGAAGAUUAUUCAGUAUCAACAGACGCCUCCUUUGCAGAUAAUACACUUGACCGAUGGCAAGCGAACAAGCAGGAUACGGUAACAACGUCAACCACUGAAGCUGAACUGUUAGCUCUCGCUCAGGGGGUGAAAGAAGGCAAAUAUGUCCUUCAAUUGCUUCUGGAGUUGGAGAUACGUUUUAGAACACCUACUCUUCACGUUUUCUGCGAUAACCAGCAAACUCUAGGAUUGCUGGAGAAGGACGCUCCGCGACUGCGUACGAAGCUCCGACACGUCGAUAUUCAUAAUCACUGGGUACGACAAGAGGUGCAGAAGGGAGACAUCCAAGUGCACUACAUGCCCAUAAAAGAUAUGAUUGCCAACGGCCUGACCAAGGCACUCAGCAAACAGGAACACCAAAAGUUCCUCAAUCAAAUCGGAGUAGAGGAUAUCGACAGCUAUCUCACUCCCCAGCAAAAGGAUAUGGAGAACCCGGAUAUCGAAGAAUUACUUUCUCUCAAUGACGUGCCCGACAACUUAUGAAGCUAUUCCAGCUUUGCAAGCAGUUGCUUUCUGCAGCUGAGGGGGUGUGUCAGAUAAUCCGGCUUUCAAACGAGGCAGAAAGAUCGACUGUUCAAUCUUACAGGUCUAAAAGGCACCUUUAGGCAUAUAUCUGGGCACCUAGAUUUCAGCCCAAUAUUUACCCCUCCUGAUAGCUCACAAAUCACCCCGCCAAAGGUGUCUAUAAAGGACCCGGCUUU